UUUCUGAGUUCUUUAUAGUUAUACAUACUGUAUAAAAGACUCAGGGUAAAAAAAUUAUGUAUAAAAGAACCCAUAUCUCUUGUUCCGCCUGCGCCCUCUCGUGCUCACGUUCUGCCCUGCCAUGCCCUGCUCUCAAGAGGCACAAGUCAUCUGCCCCCGCAAACAGGCCCGGCCUGCGAAGGAGGGCGGCACGCGGCUCCGCUUUGUCCGGCUUUCGGAGCACGCCACCGCUCCGACCAAGGGGUCCGAGCGCGCCGCGGGCUAUGACCUGUACAGUGCCUAUGAUUACACAGUAUCACCUAUGGAGAAAGCCCUUGUGAAAACAGACAUUCCGAUAGCUCUUCCUUCUGGGUGCUAUGGGAGAGUAGCUCCACGUUCUGGCUUGGCUGCAAAACACUUCAUAGAUGUAGGAGCUGGUGUCAUAGAUGAAGAUUAUAGAGGAAAUGUUGGUGUUGUACUGUUUAAUUUUGGCAAAGAAAAGUUCGAAGUCAAAACGGGUGAUCGAAUUGCACAGCUCAUUUGUGAACGGAUAUUUUACCCAGAAGUAGAGGAAGUUCAAGUGUGGGUCAUACAGAUGGAAUGCUUCUGGAGCUGGCAGCUCUCCUGGCCACCCAGUUCCUGGAAACACAGCCCAGCAUGUCCAGAAGCAAACAUAAAAGCAGCGGUGAUGUAGCUGGUACUGCUAAGAAGUGCCAGGUAUUGGAGGCCCAGAGGAAGGAUGAAGAGAGACAAGAGGAAGAAGAAGUAACUGAAGAACUGACGAGAUUCAUGACGCAGGAAAUGGCAAGGGGAUUUUCUUUAUUUGAGGAGGCACUGUUAGUUUUCGAGGCACAGGACCUGAACAUAGAACAGUACACAGAGGUUGCAACAGCCAUUCAGAACGCAAUCCAGUGCUACCGUGUCAUCUAUGAUGAGAAAAAAAGAGCUACUACCCAGACAUCGCUGGAUCGUUUUUUCAAGAGGGUAGACAGAUUUGAAUCCAGCAAGGA